GAUGCAACGAUAAGGUGUGUCAAAUAGAUUAUCUAAACAUUGAUAUUUAGCAUAAACUAAAAGUAUUAAUUGUGAUUAUAUUGAAGAAAAAAAUAGUGAAUGUGUGGAAAUUUUUUCAAUUUAAUAAAUAAAUUUUUAAGUUAUAAAGUAGGAGAGAAACAUUAGAAGGAAAAAUACAAAGCAACUUUGAAUACAAAUUUUUAAGUCAACUAAACAAAAACUGCUUGAAUAUGAUACUUGAGAGUGUUCAUAAUAAACUACAAAAGAUAAUCGUUGGUCGCGGAUGUGUUCAAAACGUCGAUCAACAAAAUUUCUACACAAUGUAUCGGACUAAAAUAUGCAAUCCAGAUUAAAUAGAAUGCUGCGAUUAUACAGAAAAGGAAAACAGUUUUUUUAAUUUGAAUAAUUAAACAAUUAAACAAGAAUACAUCAGAAUAAAAAAAAGAUGCAAAAUUGUUGCGACGAGAGUGACAGCGACAGUGACAACGAUGUCAUCUAUAAGGAUGUGGUUAUUAUAGGAAACGGGCCAAGUGGAAUAUGUCUUUCUUUCAUGCUUGCUGGAAAUUGGCCAUAUUACACUGGUGAACCACAUCCCGCGGAUGAAAUGCUCACGGCCAGACUACACUUCAGCACAAGAUCUGGAAACGAAGAGUGUUACGAUACGGCGAAUCAAGAAUUAGAGAGUGAAACUAAUCAUCAAUGGCAGCAGAAUGAUGUCAGAUCAAAAGGAUAUGAUGAAAAAGGUGGAGGAAGGGGAUUAGCGAGCAGUACUCGUUGUAAACUCGAAUGUCUUUCUUCCGGAUUGGAGGGUAGAAUCGGUGGUCGACCAUUGGCUCUUCUUAUGGAUCAACUUCAACAUCCUUGUGUAGAUGCCGGCCUCGAUGUCCCAUCUUUGCUUACUUGGAAAUCAGUUGAACAACAUCCUGAGCAUAAAGUGAUAGAUCAUAUUGUGCUCGGUAAAGGUCAACCCGGUGGUUCAUGGCAGUCGAUGGAUCCAAACGUAUUAACGAUCAGCUUGAAUCGAUGGAUGUCGUUGCCCGACUUAGACAUAAGGCAAUGGGAGAUGUUGAUCGAGUCCGAACAAUUUCGGAACACAAAUUCAAUAGAGAGUGGAUCAUAUUAUGCAUUUCAUGAAAAACCAAGUGCGUGUAAGACAGCUAGCAGAAUUUCUGUUGGUACAGUGGCUGCCUAUUACAAAGAUUAUGUACGCAUAAAGAGGUUGGAGCAAUAUUUUCGAUGCGAGACUAUAGUUACUUCGGUGAGAACGAUCUGUGAUCCGGACAUUAAUUGCCAGAAAAAAGAUUAUAACUGGAUAGUAGAUGGUUUUGACAAACAAACUGGAAAAUCAUUCCGUUAUCGAUGUAAAAGAGUCGUUCUUGCCACAGGCACAACUGAUUUAUCAAAUCAGUUAGGUAUACCUGGUGAAAACUCUCAACCCGAUUGGAUAACACAUGACUUAAACAAAUUAGAAUUAAGAUUAGAUCAUCUGAUUGAUCAACAUCAAGCAAACGAGUUAGAAGAAAGACAAGUAAUCAAUCCGAUAUUAGUAAUUGGUGCUGGAUUAAGCGCUGCGGAUGCAAUUAUGGCUGCACGCUUUCGCGGCAUUCCUGUGUUGCAUGCCUUUCGUGACUCGUCCAAUGAAUGGAACAAGCCAGAUGACGAAAAGAUACGUACUAUUUAUGAUAAGUUACAAGGCCUUCCUAGCUCCAUGUAUCCUGAAUAUCACAAGGUAUACGAAAUGAUGGCUGACGGUGGUACUAAUUAUCCUCUAUACAGAGCAUUACCAGGAUAUACGUUACUCGGAUUUACUGGAAAUGAAAACGAUUUUAAUGAUACUACCGGAUCCGAAAAACAACCAAUAGUUACUUUUUCAGAUCCUGAUGGAUGUGUACAUACAUUUCGUGUUUCUACAGUAGCCAUACUUAUCGGUUACAAGCCUGAUUUGUCUUAUUUAAAAGAUAACGGUAUCGGUCUUGGAAAAUAUUCCGACAAAACCAUAGAUGGUAAAUCGAAUCCAAUUGAUGUUGAUAAUUUUACUUAUGAAGUAACAAAAGCUUCGAAAAAUGGACUUUAUGCUUUGGGUCCUUUAGUUGGUGAUAAUUUCGUACGUUAUAUUCUUGGUGGAGCGUUUGCAAUUUUAGUUCACAUUCUGACUACCUCAACUCCUACCUAAAAUAGUGCAAAUAUUUGUCAAUCAUUCGGAUGAUAAAAAAAAACCAUGCUUUCUUAUUUACUUUUUAUACAUACGUUCAGAUUAUAAAUAUUUUCUAAAUAUUUUUUCUUAUUCGGAUAUUAUUCAUAAUGCUGUAUAUGAAAAAUAGUAAAAUAGAAUUCUUUUCUAUUUAAAUGAAAUGUUCAUCAAAACAUGAACUUGUUUCCUUGCUUUUAAAAGUGUACAUAAAAAUGCAUUAAAAAAAAAGGUCUGUAUGAAAAUUUUUACAUCUAUAAUAAUAGCUAUUAUGAACUUUGAAGAAGGAAAACAAGUCUAAACAUAUUCAUUUCAUGAUACAAUAAAAUUUAUAGGACUUUAA